GCCCCAGUCCUGAUACAACACGCAACACACUUCAUACAAAACCGAUAAUUUUUUUUUAUUUCAAAAAAAAAAUACGCGUUAAUUUUUUUUUUUUGGUUUUUAAACUAAAAAAAUUAAAAAAAAAAAUAAGAAAGGGAAAAAAGUGUUAAGUUUGGGUUAAUAAUUAAGUUUUUAUUUUGCUUAAGUGGAUUUAUUUCUAUUUUUUUUGACUCAAAAAAAGGUCAAGUGAUAUGUCGCCACCAAAUGGAGUACCUCCUGGUUCAGAAAACGGUUAUAUUCCGGUGACAACAAAUGAGGAUGAGGAGGACGACGAAUUGGAGGCGGCAGACGCCGCGACGCCCCUCGAACACGUCACUCGAAACGGUGUUGGGGCGGCGGCUGCUGGAGAUAUUUCCUCCAAAGCAACCACCACAUCGUUACUUCUAAAGAAGAAGGCUGAAAAUGGAAGUUCGUCCCAAAAGGAAAACGGAGGUGGAGGAGACGAGGAUGGCUCGGAAACCGGAGAAGACGACCCCGAAAUCGUGGUUCCACCGGAUGGCGGUUGGGGAUGGGUCGUUGUCGCCGCUUCCUUCUUCUGCAACAUGGUAGUAGACGGCACAGUAUUUUGUUUCGGCAUCUUAGCGCAGGAUUUGGAAAAUGAAUUUGGCGCUAGCAAGGCGCACGUCGCAUUAGUCGGCUCCCUAAUGUCCGGAUUCUAUCUGAUGGUCGGACCGUUCGUGAGCGCCUUGGCGAACCGGUACGGUUUUCGUAUCGUCGCGAUCGUAGGUAGCCUAUUGGCGGCGGCCGCGUUCUCUGUCUCCUAUUUUGCGACUAGCGUUACGUUCUUGUGCGUCACGUACGGACUUAUUGGAGGAAUUGGAUUUGGGUUUAUUUACGUCCCUGCUGUAAUAACGGUUGGGUUUUAUUUCGAAAAGUGGAGGGCUUUAGCCACUGGGAUCGGAGUUUGCGGAUCGGGGAUUGGUAAUUUUAUCCUCCCCCCGAUUUUUUCCUAUAUCACCAAAAAUUACAGUUGGAGAAUUGCGAUUUUGGUGCAAGCCGCGAUGGCUUUUGGGUGCUUAUUCGCCGGGUUAUGCUUCAAACCGUUAAAACCGACCAAAGUUAAAGACAUCAAGCAAGAACAACCCGAAUUAAUCAUGGAUAAAACUCGUCUCCCCUCGAAAACUCGCCGCCAAAUGGAGUUAGCCCUAAAAAAUUUUAAAGGAAACUCGGUUCAUUUAAGUCAUAGUACGAUAACUAGGAUAUUAGGUGCCAAUAAUAAUUGCGAUUACCCCACGGUCGCUGAUGUUUACCACACGAUUAACGUCCCAAGACACGAUCGGGUUCGAUUUAGGGAGAAGAGAUUCAGCGAUCCUUUCGCUGAGGACGAAAAGAAAGAUGGCGAGCCCCUCUUAGAAGAUAAAACGUUCCAAGUUAUCGUUCAAAAACAAAUUAGGAAGCGCACUAACUCCGAAAGUAGCAACCCAAGGAGUCGUAAAAACACUUUGAGUGAAGUUAAUCGCCCAUUUUAUCGCGAUGACAUCUGUUUUAGUGGGAGCUUAACUCGGUUGCCUCAAUUUAUGUCCAAAACAUCCCUAGAAUACAACUUAGCAGUAACUCGAGUUCCAACUAAACACGACAUCGAAGAAGAAUAUCUUCCUGGGUGCAAAAUUUGCCCUGAAGCAAUGAGAAGGACUUUGGCUACAAUGUUGGAUUUUAGCCUCUUAAAAUCGCCCUCUUUUAUAUUGAUGGCGUUGAGUGGGUUCUUUACAAUGAUGGGUUUUUACACACCUUACAUGUAUAUUAAAACGCGGGCGGAAAAUGAGUUUCAUUUGGAUGUUUCGUUAACGACUUGGUUAAUCUCAACAAUUGGGAUUGCAAAUACGAUCGGAAGGAUUCUUUGUGGCGCGUUAAGUUUUUUCCCCAAAAUCAGCACGUUAUGGGUCAACAACAUCGCUUUGAGUAUCAGCGGAAUCGUUACAAUCAUGAGUGGGUUAUCAAUGACUGCGGAAUACCAAUUUUUUUACUCCGUUAUGUUCGGAUUAACAAUAUCAUCUUUCGCAUCGUUAAGAUCAAUUUUGGUGGUGGAACUCUUAGGGUUAUCAAAAUUAACGAACGCGUUUGGGUUAUUACUUCUUUUCCAAGGAAUUGCUGCGGCGGUUGGAUCUCCGAUUGCGGGGGCUUUCAUGGAAAUGACGCAAAGUUACGAUGCUUCGUUUUAUUUAAGCGGAUCGUUGCUUUUAAUGUCUGGAUUAGUUUGUUACCCAUUAAGUUGUGUCAACAAAUGGGAGGAGAAUAAAAAGGAGAAAGAUGAGAAAGAAUCAUCGAAUAAUGUUCCCGUUUGAGUAAAUAUUAAUUUAAAAGAAGAAAUUUGAAUGAAAAUGAUCUUAAGGUAAUAAAAUAAUAAAUAAAAGAGAAUUGG